CUAGAACGCCAUUCAAAUGGGAGGGCCUAAGACUAAGCCCGCCUUGCCCUGAAGUGGUCGGGGGCGGGGAGGAGGGAGUGGCCAGAGCCCCGUGGGGUGGUCGCCGGGGUGAGAGGUUGGAAGCAGGUUCAAGGCAGGGCUGAAAGUUGAUUCUGGGUUGGAAUCCCUGAACUGGGGAAAACUGGAGCUCCCACCCAAAGUUGGAGGAAAUUCAGGGUCCUGAAGUCUUUGCUCUCCCUGUCUGCAUGCGGGCUGCUACCAUGAGGUUGAAUCAGAACACCUUGCUGCUGGGGAAGAAGGUGGUCCUUGUACCCUACACCUCGGAGCAUGUGCCCAGCAGGUACCACGAGUGGAUGAAAUCAGAGGAGCUGCAGCGUUUGACAGCCUCAGAGCCGCUGACCCUGGAGCAGGAGUAUGCCAUGCAGCGCAGCUGGCGGGAAGAUGCAGACAAGUGUACCUUCAUUGUGCUGGAUGCCGAGAAGUGGCAGGCCCAGCCAGGCGCCACCGAAGAGAGCUGCAUGGUGGGAGAUGUGAACCUCUUCCUCACGGAUCUAGAAGACCCCACCUUGGGGGAGAUCGAGGUCAUGAUUGCAGAGCCCAGCUGCAGGGGUAAGGGCCUUGGCACUGAGGCCGUUCUCGCGAUGCUGUCUUACGGAGUGACCACGCUAGGUCUGACCAAGUUUGAGGCUAAAAUUGGGCAAGGAAAUGAACCAAGCAUCCGGAUGUUCCAGAAACUUCACUUUGAGCAGGUGGCUGUGAGCAGUGUUUUUCAGGAGGUGACCCUCAGACUGACAGUGAGUGAGUCCGAGCAUCAGUGGCUUUUGGAGCAGACCAGCCACGUGGAAGAGAAGCCUUACAGAGAUAGGUCGGCAGAGCCCCGCUGAUGGCUGGGCCUUGUGGGCAACCACUCUGUGUGAGCAGGGUGUUGGGCUCACACACUCCAAAGACCAGAGCCCUGCACUGGGAGAGUGCUCCUGGCCCAGCCCCAGGCUGGGAAUCACCUUUUGAGGCCCUUCAGACUGUGAUGGGGCUUGCUGUGGCCUCCCUCUAGCUAGUGGUGUGGCUGAGCAGACGCCAGGGCCAGUUCCCUUCUCCCCUCCUAGCCAAACCCAGACCCAGACUCUAGGAAACUGGAACGGAGGGCAGGGAUCCAUGGGAGAUGUCGGGAUGAAGGUGGGAGCUGGAGGUGCAGGGGGACCUGGAGCAUGGAUGGGAGUGGACAGGCCUUUCUCCUUAGAGGCCAGAGGUGCUGCCCUGGCUGGGAGUGAAGCUCCAGGCCCUACCAGCUUUCCUGGUUUUCCCGUUUGGUUUGUGUGAAGAGCUACCAGGAGCCCCAGCCUCACAGUGUCCACUCAAGGGCAGCUUGGUCCUCUUGUCCUGCAGAAGCAGGCUGGUGUGACCCUGGGAACUUGACCCAGGAACAAUAGGUGGUCCAGAGUGAUUGUAGCCUGGCCCCUCAACCUAGUGUCCGUCCUCCUUUCUCCUGGAGCCAGUCUUGAGUUUAAAGGCAUUAGUGUUAGAUACAGCUCCUUGAGGCUGGAGAACACCCCUCUGUUGAGGAAGCUCAGGGGGCACUGAGGAAGCAGAGGCCCCUUGGGGAUGCCCUUCUGAAGAGAGCGUCAGGCCAUCAGCUCUGUCCCUCUGGUGCUCCCACUUCUGUUCCUCACCCUCCAUCUCUGGGAGCAGCUGCACCUGACUGGCCACGUGGGGGCAGCGGAGGCACAGGCUCAGGGUGGCCGGGCUACCUGGCACCCUGUGGCUUACAAAGUAGAGCUGGCCCAGUUUCCCUCCACCUGAGGGGAGCAUUCUGACUCCUAACAGUCUUCCUUGCCCUGCCAUCAUCUGGGGUGGCUGGCUGUCAAGAAAGGCCGGGCAUGCUUUCAAAACACAGCCACAGGAGGCUUGUAGGGCAUUUUCCAGGUGGGGAAACAGUCUUAGAUAAGGUGACUUGCCUAAGGCCUCCCAGCCCCCUUGAUCUUGGAGUCUCAUAGCAGACUGCAUGUGAACAACUGAAACUGAAAACAUGCCUCAGUAUAAAACGAACAUUAUAAAACGAA